CUUCAAGGCAUCAUGAAGACUCUGACUCUCCUCUCCAUCUGUGCUCUUCUGUCAGUGUGCUGGUCCAUGGGAGCUGUUGAACCUGAGGUUGUCUUGGACCCUGGAUACGACACAGCUGUUGAACCUGAGGUUGUCGUGGACCCUGUAGACGACACAGCUGCUGAAGCUGCACCUGCUGACGAAGCUGUUGACCCCACGGCUGCUGCUGCUCCAGACUCUUCCUCCUCCUCCGAGUCUGAUUCUUUCUCUGCAUCUGACUCCAACUCUAACUCGUCCUCCUCCUCGUCCUCCUCCUCCUCCUCAUCUUCUGAAUCAUCUUCCUCUGAGUCCUCUGAGUCUGACUCCUCAGCAUCCAACUCUUCUGCCUCCGAUUCUUCUUCUUCUUCUUCUUCCUCCUCAUCUUCCUCAGAGUCAGCCAGUACUGAGGCGCCCGAGGUGGUCAUGACAAGAGACCUGGCUGCUGUUCUCCUGAGGAGAAGAAGAGCCGCCCCAGCAGGAGACCUCUCCCCUCUGCAGCUCGAGAGUCUGUGGGAGGUGUGUGAGCUGCACGACGGCUGUGACGAGAUGGCUGAAACAGCAGGCAUCGUCGCCGCAUACGUCGCCUACUACGGACCCGUCCCCUUCUAAGAUUAAGAUUCCUCUUUAUCAACAUAAGAACUGUUUUUCUCUGUCGUUUUGUAAUAUAAUGAUGCAACUUCCCUGAACCAGGACUAGACAAUCAAAGAAAAAAAGUGUUUGGCCCAUGUAAUGAUGCUCAACUUUUAGGCAUAAAUCCUUGCAAAUGUGACCAGCUUUUAUGGUCCAGUGAUGAGGCCUCUUCCAGGCUUCAGAGAGGCACAUGGAGACUGAGCCUGUGGAGUAACACUCACAAGAUACAUUAUAAUUCAUGUAUGUUGUAUAAUGCAACAAAUGGUGCUUCCAAUGCAGAUGUAUUGUAUGUAAAUGUAUUGACGUUGUUUUUUCCUGCUUUAGUCUUAUUUCAACUAGAAGCAGCAGUUUUGUAAGUAGUAGAUGGAGUAUUGAAGUAGUGUAGUUUAAGUAGUAGUGUAUUGAUAGUGGUAGUGUACAGUGUGUGUAAAAUGCACAUCAGUUGUUUGUAAUGACUGUAACCAAAAAUUGCCUCUGGGUUUCAAAAUAAUAGAUUAUUUUGUUUUGUCGAAUUGUUGUUCUGUCCUCAAUGAACAAAAUGUUAUGAGCUGGUAAAAUAAAUCACAUUAUAUGUUUAAACAUGCAGAACUGGAUGAUAACUCCUGGGUUCCUCUCUACAAAUAACACAUUUCAGAUACAAGUAGUCAAGUUAUCCAUUGUUAAUAUAAAAAUAUUAAUUAUAGCUGCUUUAAUUGUGGCUAAAAUGUAUUUUGUACUCAAUUGGUGUUCAUAAAUAAACAUGCGCAAAUUUCAA